UCCGUACGCGCAGCUCGCAGGCGGCGGCUGGAACCCGGUGCCAGAGCUCCAGGCCCCGCCAGGGCAGCAGCGGCUGGUGGAGAGAUGGAGGCGCAGUCCUAUUGCGCCAAGCUCUUGGGGGAGUUGAAUGAGCAGCGGAAAAGGGACUUUUUCUGUGAUUGCAGCAUCAUCGUGGAAGGGCGCAUCUUCAAGGCCCACAGGAACAUUUUGUUUGCUAACAGUGGCUACUUCCGUGCCGUGCUCAUCCACUACAUUCAGGACAGCGGGCGGCACAGCACAGCCUCCUUGGACAUUGUCACCUCCGACGCCUUCUCCACCAUCUUAGACUUCCUCUACUCCGGGAAGCUGGACCUGUGUGGCGAGAAUGUGAUUGAAGUUAUGUCAGCUGCCAGCUACCUGCAGAUGAACGACGUGGUCAACUUCUGCAAGGCAUACAUCAGGUCGUCCCUUGACAUUUGCCGGAAGAUGGAGAAGGAGGCUGCGGUGGCCGCAGCCAUGGCGGCGGCAGCUGCGGCGGCGGCGGCCGCUGCUGCAGCUCAUCAGCUAGACGGUGGAAGUCCGAGUUCAGGACUGGAGGGCACUUCCUGUGGUGCCAAGAGCUUUGUCUCCUCCCCGGUGGAGGGAGAGGGGAGCGUGGAGUGUACAAGAGCGUCCCCUUGUGAAGAGUGCCGUCCCUUGGAGCUGGUGCUGAAAGACAGCCAGGGCUCUGGGGCCUCUGACGGUGACCUUUCUAUUGUGCCCAGACGGGUUGAACCUAAGGUGGAGUUUGGUGUUGCCGGAGUGGAGGCGGAGGCCGGCGAACAGCUGCAGUACGGCACCCCGCUGGUGCCGGCGGAGGAAGCCCUGCCCAGUCACCAGGCCUUAGAUUUGACUUACGGCAGCUACCACGUGAAGCAGUUCCUGGAGGCCCUCCUGCGCAGCGGUGCUGUCCAGAGCAAAGAGGACUCAGAGCAUCACCUCUCUCAGAGUUUGGAGGGAAGACUGGAAGGCGCAGGAGUGGCCAUGAGUUCGGUGAUGGAUGUUCAGAAUGACUGGUAUAGAGAGGACUCAGGUGACGUGCUGGUGGUCCCCAUCAAGCUCCACAAGUGUCCUUUCUGUCCCUACACUGCCAAACAGAAGGGCAUCCUCAAGCGGCACAUCCGCUCCCACACGGGCGAGCGGCCUUAUCCCUGUGAGACCUGCGGGAAGAGGUUCACGCGCCAGGAGCACCUUCGGAGCCAUGCCCUGAGCGUCCACAGAUCCAACCGUCCAAUGAUCUGCAAAGGCUGCCGAAGGACCUUCACGAGCCACCUGUCGCAGGGGCUGCGGCGCUUCGGGCUGUGCGACAGCUGCACCUGCGUCACAGACGCUCACGAGGAGGACGACGAGCUAGUGCCGGUCAACCUUAGCCUGGUGGAGGCGUCUUCCGAAAGCCACGAGAAGAGCGACACGGACGACUGGCCCAUCUACGUGGAGUCCGGCGAGGAGAACGACCCAGCGGCGGAGGAGGCCGACGACGGGCCGCACCCUCGGCCCCCUGCUCUACCGGCCGAGCGACGCUGACGUUGCAGCCGGGGAAUCGGUUGUGAGGUUUUGGUGUUACUGCUCGUUCUUACCGUGAAAGGCACCGCUUGUUUAACUUUGUGAAAGUCGGGGAUUGUCUGCCCGCAGUGCUGUCACUUUGGUUAGGCUGUGUGUGAUGGAGGCUGGGUGUUGGGGCUCCAAAGACUGAUUGAGGUUUUCGGGUGGGUCCUGAGGGGUUUGUUGGCCCCUCCUCGGUUCUGAGCGCAUCAAGGUUGGCCCUGAGGCCUCCUCACUUUCCUGCUUCUGAAGAGGCGGCAGGAAUAUGUCGUCAGGACACCAGGCUUUCCCUUGCCGGGCGUUUCAUAGCGAAUUCUGGGGCUCUGCGCUGACUACAUGGUCAUGGUUAGACUGUACUUCCAAAGGCCCCGAGCUUUGUGACACACUGAGGUGAAUUGUGAGUCAGUUAGGGCCCCCUUGCUUGCCCAACUGAGGGAAGUUAAAUGAGCCCCCCAAAAGAACCUGUGAGCCAGCGCGGGGAAGUGUCCCUGUGUGCUCUGCUAUUGACAAUUCCAUACACACAAAUACCCUGUUCUGAGCUUUUAAAACAAGUCGUCUGGGCGAAGCUCAAAAUGCUCCCCUGCUUUUCUUAGUCAUUUCCAAGAGUCCUCUCAGAGCAGCCUGGAAAUGUACGUCCCGCUGGCAUUCUUUCACCUCGUUUAUGCCCAGACUUUAGUUGGGGGAAGCGCACACCUGGCUAACGUGCGAUUUCUAGGUCAUUCGGCUUUCAGAAGAUUUUCUAGAAGAAAGGAGCUGGCUGGAACAGGUUUCAAGCCAGCCUGCUUUUGCACCCACACUGCAGCCAGGUCACAAAGUGUCAAAUGACAGGAAAGACAGUGGAUGAAGGAUGUGCUAGGAGCCACCUUCAUAGGCUUUCCUUGUGUUAAAAGUAUCCAAAGUGGACUUAAAAAAAAAAAUCCCCUUGUCUUCCUUAAUUUCAGUACAGUUUCAAAAGGCAGUGAGGUCACCCAUCUUUCUGCCUCUUGAACAAUAACUAAACAGGAAGCUUUUAUAUAUUGAUUUGUCUGGUCUUUGAAGAGUUAAAGCUUUUGUUGGUUGGUUGGUUGGUUGGUUGGUUGGUUGGUUGGUUUGUUUUGAGACAGGGUCUCUCUGUGUAGCCUUGGCUGCCCUGGAUCUCACUAUGUAGACCAGGCUGGCCUUGAACUCACAAAGAUCUGACAGCCUUUGCUUCGAAAGGGUCUGGGAUUAAAGGUAUGGACCACUGGAGAUACAGUCCAUUGCCUGUCAUUAGGAAGGGCCUGGGUCCAAUCCUAGUACAGCAAUAAACAGAUACCUAAUUUUGUGUGGUCUACAAGAAAAAAAGAAGCCAUUAAAAAAAAAAAAAAGAAGAAAGCAAAGAGGCUGGAAAGAUGGCUCAGCAGUUAAGAGCAGAGGUUGUGAACCUGGGUUCGGUUCCCAGCAAUGACGUGGUAGCUCACAACGGUCUGUAACUCCAGUUCCAGGAGAUCUGACACCCUUAUAGCAAUGCACAUAAAAUAAAAUUAAAUAAGUUAUAAGAAAAAUGGUAAACUUCAUUAAGAAAGCAGAGUCUUUUGAUUUCGUUUGGUUUUGGUUUUCUCAGUGGCGGGUGUUGUAUCCAGGACUUGUUGGGCAAGUGCUCUCUUAGACUUAAGUACUGUGCCCCUGGAAAGGUGUUUAAAGUCUGGGACAAUACUCUGAAGCUGUGGUGACACUUUUUUAAAAGUUUAUUUUAUGUAUGUGAAUGCUCUAUCUGCAUGCUGGAAGAGGGCAUCAGAUCCCAGUAUAGAUGGUUGGGAGCCACUGUGCGGUUGCUGGGAAUCGAACUCAGGACCUCUGGAAGAGCAGAUGGUGCUCUUAACCUCUCUCCGGCCCCCUGUGGUGAUGCUUUAUGCUGCUGUGAUGUCCACACCGGGUUAGUGGCUUAGUCUUCUUGAACAAGGCAUGGACUAGCUCAGGUGUGGCUCCCUAGUGAGCCACAUCACAUAAAGACUAAUACCAGACAGGCUUAGUGGCACAUGCCUUUAUUAAUCACGGCAGCACUCACGAGGCAGAGGCAGGCAGACCUCUUAGUUCAAGGCUAAGCUGGUCUAUAUAGUGAGUUCCAGGCUAGUCACUUAGUCACUGAUACAUAGUGAGAUCAUCUCAAAAACACAAAGAAAAAGUUUUGAAAUAAGUCAAAGGUUUGAGAGUUUUAAAAGCCAG